UUAUAGUAACACUGCUAGGGCCGGUCACGUUCACAAGCCAGACUGGUGUCCUGUAUUUUUUAUCUAUUUAUUUAUUUUUUUUAUAGAAAAAUGGUGAAAAUAAGCAAUUUCCUUCAGUUCGAAGGUAGCAAUUUUAUGCGGCAGAGGCUCAUAUUGUCAGUGCUGACUGGCAAGUCCAUCACAAUUAAAAAAAUAAGGUCUAAUGAAAUGGAGCCAGGUCUUAGAGAAUAUGAAGUAAAUCUUUUGAGGCUUAUUGAUAAAAUGACAAAUGGUACAUGGCUGGAGGUGAAUGAGACAGGCACCGAGUUCUCAUUCACUCCUGGAUCCUUGAUCGGAGGCCCUUUGGAGCACGAGUGCUGCAAACUCCGUGGCAUCGGUUACUACUUGGAAGUCGUAUUCGCCCUGGCGCCUUUUUGCAAGGUUGCGCUGAGUAUUACGCUCAAAGGGGUGACAAACAACCAGGUCGACCCAUCAGUUGAUGCGUUCAAACACGGGGCUGUCAGCGUUUUGAAAAAAUUCAUAGUCGUUGACCCUGGAAUCGAAAUGCAGAUUAAGAAGCGAGGAAUGGAACCGGAAGGCGGAGGAGAAAUUUAUUUCCACUGCCCCAUUGUCAAAUUAAAAGCUAUACAGAUGAAAGAUAUGGGUAAGGUGAAGAAAGUCAGGGGGACUGCUUAUGCCGUGAAAGUGUCACCUGUCCUCGCCAAUAGGUUCAUCGAGACAGCAAAGGGUGAAAUGAUCCGUUUCAUACCCAACGUCUUUAUAACGUCAGAUUUCCUCAAAGGUCAGAACGGCGGUAAGUCACCAGGCUUCGGAGGCUGCCUUACCGCAGAGACCACGACAGGCGUGAUCCUGACAGCAGAAAAGACCACACCGCCGCCUCCGGGUCAGAGGCAGACACCGGAAGACAUGGGCAAGACAACCGCCUGGCUCCUUCUCGAGGAGAUUGCCCGCGGCGGUCUCGUCGACUCCUCGUUCCAAUCCCUCGCCUGCCUUUUCAUCGCAUUCGGCCAGAAAGACGUUACGCAGCUCGUCGUCGGCCCUCUCUCCCCUUACACAAUCGAGCUUUUAAGACACCUAAGGAAAUUCAUGGGGCUGACAUUCAAGCUGGAUCCCUACGUUGAAGACGAAGACGAAGAUCAGGGGGUUGGAUCAAAUAAAGUUUUAAUUACAGGAGUAGGAAUUGGGUACAAUAGAUUUGCCUAACUCUUGUUUUUAUUU